ACUUGGAACUCGGAAAUAUCAGGAUUUGACUGACACUUUAUUGCACUCUCCUCUUGCUCAAUUUCUGAUCAAAGCCACUCUUCCGUGCUCCAUUAAUAAUAAGCAGAAAAGAGGAAGAAAAACCCAAUAAGAAAGUUAUAAGAAAGUUUAUCCAACAUCAUUAUCUAAAAGUCUAUUAUACUUCAAUAUCAACUGGUUGCUCUACUAAGCUUCCACUCCAACCUUCGCGUUUUCCCCCAACAGAAAGUCCGAACUUCGCCGGUAUAAAACUACCUCUGUCGCUAUUAAUUUAUAAAGCCGAGGCAAAGAUAUUUUUUGCCAUAUUUCUCUCCUCCAAUCUGCUCACCCUAGAAAACAAACGUCCUAUAUUUUCAUUCCCAAUCACAAUGUUCGCUACACGAGUUUUACGUCAAGCGGCAGCACACGCCGAGCGCACUCCCUUGAUUCGCUUCAUCGGCAAGCGAACCAUUCCUGAAAACGUAGACCACACCCCGCAACCUCACCCGGCCUCCCCCAGCGGCGCCCUCCCGUCUGCCGGCAACUCUCACACAUCUUUCUCCUCGUACCGCGACCACGCUCAGCAGCACGGUCCUCUACGUAAGACCAUUGGCGCCGCCGGUGGCAUUGGCGCCCAGUCGGCCGCCAACCUCGGCCCUGUUGAACCUCCGAAGGGCUAUUACUUCGACCGCAACGAGCUGCCUGAGCGCUUCCACCGCGUUCCCCUCACGGCGGCCGAGAUUGAGGCCAUCGAGACAGGCGGCGCUGCUUUGUUCGGUUGAGGCCCCCGCUCUAUCUUGGCGGGUAUAGGACGCAGCUGUACCCGUGCGAGUAUGACAAACAUACGAUGUUAGAUGUUGUGAAUUCGGCGGCAGAGCAGAACGGCGGGCAAGCUGCAUUUCUCGAUGCUUCUGAUGGUUUAUAAUUUGAUGGCAUUCAAUUAUGAAGGACAUGGAGAGCAUCGAGCCGUGACCUCCUGAUGGGACGAACUGUCCAGGUGAAUCAACUACACCGAGCAUUCGUUACCUAUAUAAAGGGUCCCAUAUUCUCAGUUACAUUAUGUAUCUAUGGCUUAUGCAAAGGUGGGGAGGUUCAACUGAAAUUAAUUCCCAGCAUUGGAGGUGCGUCAAAAGGGUUACGUUUUUGUGAGGUCGCCAUAAAGGGUUCUAGCAUGAGUUUGGCGCUUCGGGGUUUAUCAGACGAGGUAUGGAAGAAUGAGGAUGAGGAGACGAUAGCCGAGACGACAGUUCGCGAGAAAUAGGGAUACCCCGUGGUCGUGUGGAGGUCGUGUAGAGGAUAGCGUUGCCUUAUUUUUCCUUUGCUAUGAUGUGUACGAUGUCGCUAAGAGACAAAAUACAAUAGGAUGAUUAUGUAAAUUUAUAGCCCCAGCAGCUGGGUUAGAACGAAGAUCACUUGUCUCUGAAAAA